AGCAAAACUAUGAUAAAGCUAUUGAGUUUUACUCAAAGGCUAUUGAGUGCAAUUCUGAAGAACCAAUUUACUAUGGAAACCGCAGUUUUGCCUACCUGCGCAUGGAGUGUUUUGGAUAUGCACUGGAGGAUGCCACCAAGGCUAUUGAGAUGGACAAAAGCUAUGUGAAAGGCUAUUACAGAAGAGCAUCUGCCUACAUGUCCCUUGGCAAAUACAAAAUGGCACUCAAGGACUAUGAAACGGUGGUCAAAGUGCGUCCAAGUGAUAAGGAUGCAAAGCUGAAGUUUACCGAGUGUCAGAAGAUAGUGCAACAAAUGUUGUUCCAGAAAGCUAUUGCUGUGGAUGAUGACAAGAAGAGUGUUGCUGACUCCAUCAAUCUUGAUGCCAUGACCAUUGAAGAUAAUUAUGAUGGUCCUGCCCUGGAAGAUGGAAAGGUCACCGAGAAAUUCAUGUUAGACCUAAUGGAGUAUUACAAAGCACAGAAGAAACUUCACAAAAAAUAUGCUUAUAAGAUCCUGUUAGACAUCAAAGCAUAUUUCACAAAGCAGCCAACUCUGGUUGAUGUGCACAUACCUGAUGACAGCAAGUUCACCGUGUGUGGAGAUAUACAUGGCCAGUUUUAUGACCUAAUGAAUAUUUUCAAAUUAAAUGGGCUGCCAUCUCCUUCCAACCCUUAUCUUUUCAAUGGAGACUUUGUUGAUAGAGGAUCUUUCUCCAUAGAAUGCAUUUUCACUCUUUUUGGUUACAAACUCCUUUACCCCAACCAUUUUUGGAUGUCCAGAGGUAACCACGAGAGUGUAACAAUGAAUCAAAUGUAUGGAUUUGAAGGGGAAGUCAAAAGUAAAUACUCGAGUCAAAUGGGCGAUCUCUUCACUGAAGUGUACAACUGGCUACCUCUCUGUCACUGCCUCAAUAAAAGAGUCUUGGUGAUGCACGGAGGUCUGUUCUCAAGUGACACGGUCACCCUGGAUGACAUCAGAAAAACCGAGCGCAACAGGCAGCCUCCUGAAGAAGGCAUCAUGUGUGAGCUGCUGUGGAGCGACCCGAUGCCUGGUCCUGGCAGAGCGCCCAGCAAGCGCGGCGUGGGCACACAGUUUGGCCCCGAUGUCACCAAACGCUUCCUGGACAACAACAAUCUCGACUACAUCAUCCGCUCACACGAGGUCAAGGAUGAUGGGUACGAGGUGUCCCAUGGCGGUCUCUGCAUCACUGUCUUCUCUGCUCCCAACUACUGUGAUACGAUGGGCAAUAAAGGAGCGUUCAUCAACCUGCAAGGAGACACUAUGGAGCCUAAAUACGUGACUUACUCCGCUGUUGAGCAUCCUCCAGUGAAGCCUAUGGCCUAUGCCAACUCUUUACUGCGUCUCUUCAGUUAAGCGCGUAUCAUUGACGAGUUUUGUUUGACAUCGCUUCACUUGGCCCUGCAAUACUCGUCUCUGCUCCAGUCUCGUGUCGGGAUAAUCCUGUGAACACAUUCUUUGUGCCGUGCCUAAUAUUCUGCUGGUCAUGUUGCUAGGUCUUACUAGUGUGGUUGAAACCCUUGUUUUUGUCUUAAAAACCGUUUUAAUGAUCAAUAUUAAUGUCAUUACAAUUAAAACUAGAACAUUUUCUGGGGGAUCUGAAGAUAAGUCCAUGUUCUUAUUUUACACUAUAGUUAUGAAUUUGACGAUCCUGGCUUCAGAAGCAAACCUCGCAGUGCCAUUGAAAUUUUUAAUUGAGUAAAAACCUCUAGAAUUGCAUCAUGGAACACGAAAUCGAGUGAGCAUUUUCGUGUCUCCUGUAUUUACCGAAAGCAUCGAAUUAGACAAUUAUUUUAAGCUAAAUAGUGUCAACUCCCUUGAUUUAUCUCCAGAUUAGUUUCUAUUUCAAAAUUUAAUCGGAAUAUCUGGCCCAAAGUGUUUUCCCUUGGAGGAAUUUUAAGAAAUUUCUAGUCAAAUUUGCACCCAAAAUCUUAAACAACGGGUAACCUCUAGUGAUGUUUUUUAGAAAUGAAACCUCGUACAUGUGUAUAAAAAUACAGUAAAGAGCAA